AUGUCUGAAUCGCCAGCAAGAUUUCAGGCAGCACCUGCCGCAUCCGCAGAGAUCCGUUCCCUGGCCAUCGCAAAGCUCAAACGUGCUGCCUCGCUCCCCCGUACCCCGGAUGGGCGCCGUCAACCGCAGUCAAGACCAGCUCGCGGACCGAGCGCAGCAGCCUCCGAGGACAGCCAUGGCGCUCCUUCCUCGUUCGAGUCAGGCAUGACACCAUCACCAACAAAAAGCGCAACACAUUAUGGCGGUGAAGAGGAGCUCUUGGCUGCGUCACCGAACGGCCCUGCUAUUUUCGGUGGAGGUUCGGCUAUGAAGCGUUCAAACUCCGAGUCGUCGUCGUUUCACAUGCCAACGCCGUACGGCUCUGCCAAUGCCUCGCCCUUCUUCACUGCGCAAGCAUCGCCAGCGAGCAACCCGGGAACAGAUUGGGCUGCCUACCAGUUGGCUCAGUCAUACCUUCCUUCCAUCAGCCCCGUCCCGCCAAGCAACGGGGCCGCACCGCCAAGUUCUUUCCCUUCAAACCUCACUCCAGGCGCAGCAGGCCCAGGUCGCAACACCCCUUCCCCGCUUCCUUCACUCGGGGAACUGCGUAACCUCUCCCGUUCCAACUCCGCCGCGGCUCGUCAAAACGCCAUGAACAAGCUGAUCGGCGGCGCAGUGACGCCGACCAAAGCGAGAAACGUCGGCGGGAUGCUCUCUUCGUCAGAGGAAGACGUCACACUGUCGCUACCGGGGUCGGCUCGCGCACUGCACCGUUCGGGCACUAUCGGCGUGCCGCGCAUGUUCGGCAUGCCUGCAGAAACGGUGGUCGACGACUCGACCAUUACUCCCAUUCCAGACACAGCAUACGAUGUCCCUCGGCCCCGUUUGCAGCGCAGCUUUACCGUCUCCUCGUCCAACAUGGGUGAAGAACGCCGCAGCGCAGUGGGGCGCCGCAUGGUGGAGCGCCUGGGCGCUCGGAGAGCUGCGCGCCAGCAGGAGGAAACGGAGGUCCACCAACUAUGGGAGGAGCGACGACGCACCAGGGGAAGCCAGAAGGGCAUAGAUAUUUCGACACCGGAUGGAACUCCCCCUCGCCCUGCUGCAGCGCCUCCUGCUAUUGCCCCUGUCAAGCCACCACCAACUGCCUUUGCAGCUGCGGUGGGAGCAGGCGGUACCGCUGCGCUCCUUGGCAACGCCAGUUCCGAGCGCACUGCAUCGCGCAGCACACAGCACUCAGACAAUGUGUUCGAGUACGAGGCCCACCUCAAACGGUCCAUGUCCACACGCACGGCUCGAACAGAGAUGAUGGACGAGAGUCCAGCCUCUGAGUCUCGGCCGGCAUUCGAUGACAUGGGCGACAUGAGCUGCGACCACGGCGUCGACGACCCUACACCGCUGCCCAUACCCGAGCUGCCGUUCACCACUCCCAAGAAGCAUGCGCCGACCGAGUCCAUCUCGUCAUCCGGCACCACUGUCAUGGGCAAAGUGCCGUCACCAGCAAUCUCGAGCUUGGAGCGGGUGCCGUCUGCCCGAUCCGCCGACCCCUUCAACUCAUACCACUCCAGCCAGCAGAGUGGUUCAAUGUACGACGACGAGGGGGAAGAGCAGCUGAACGGCGAUGACUGGGAUGGUAAGGUCAGCACACACUAUUCUGGCUUACGCUCAGCCCAUGUCAACAACUUCUCCCGUCAAAUCUCACGACCGGACACCUACUCCGUGGUGGAUACUAACGCUGGUCACCAUGGUCACGGGGAUACCGACUCGGCAUACUACAGCGACGGCGUUCGUCCGAUCAGCAAGGCAUCCGAACAGGGGUCAAGUAAUAGUGGCCACGUCGACACCUCCGAGCCUCGCCAGCACAAGAAGUCGAGCAGCAUCUCCAAGCUCGUAGGCCGCGCAAUGUUCUCCGCUGUCAAGCCGCGGAUCUCUGUGGCAAGUAACGACACUCCGCCUCUCAGUCCACGUGAGGGUGCCUUCGGCAGCCGACGGCAGUCCGACGCCUCAAACUCACACAGCCAGCACAGCCAGUACUCGCACAGGGGUGUGUCACCUGCUCCUGACCCGAAGUAUGGCAAGCUCAUCUCUCCUCAUCUGUUUGGCCCUAAGUCGCCGGUGUACAAGCAGGAGGAGGCCGACCACGCAAACAACCUUCUCAUUCAGCACCAACUCGCAUCAGGAGCUCCCUCUCCCGUCAGCUUCUUACCGCGAGCCACCGCCAACGACCCUCGUAUCCACAACUCGAAGCUGUCACCGUUCCCCGGGAUCGUGGCGCUGGAGAGCCGCAGUCGCCGGCCGUCAGAAGACCAACCGAGGCUCAUCCAGCAGACCUCUGACCCUACGCUGCCCAUGCUCAGAGGGAUGUCGCCGCAUGGCGAAGUAGGUCGGAGCUCGAACGACAGUGGGGGCAAGCAGAGGGCCCUCAACAGCUCCAACAAUGCGUCAAUCUCUUCACAUGGUGGCACCUCUGCUUUCGGCACCCACUCUUCCGCGAGCCACAGCAAUGGCCACGGCUUUGCCAGCAGUCACAACCGGGGCCUCAGCCACAGCCAGAGCGACGACCACCGUUACGCAAAUAACGAGCCGCUUGCCAGCAACCCCGAGGAUCCAGUGAGGAACGGCGGUCCGGUUCAUACGGACAUUCUGCGUCCCGGAGCCAAACAGCGACCCGAGAUCCCGUCGUUUAUGAUGAAUCGUCGGCGCGCACCACCACCUCCCAUAGAGCUCGCAGAAUCCAACGUCGUGUCCAUAAACGACGACCCUGUCACGCCCCCGUCCUCGAAGUUGAACAAGCUGCCGCCUCGGUCCCGCGAUGUGCUGUGUCGCAUGGACGGCGUCUUGUCGCUGCCGGUCAACAACCCUUCGCGACCCGACUUCCUGGACGACCCUCCACGGAAGCUCCUCAUGUCUCAGCAGGUGCUGCAGGUGGUCAAUAUGAACACCGUCAAGGACCGGUACCUAUUCCUGUUCAACGACCUCCUUGUCAUCGCAAAGCCUGUUAUGGGAUCCGGUACGACGACGGCCAGCCUCGACAUGAAGUUUGUCGUCAAGUCGAUUAUCGGCCUCGACAAGCUUGUCGUUAGCGGACUGAGCGACGAGCCAACAACAGACCCCGCUUGCCACCCGACCGUCCAGCAAUUCAUCAACGACUUUGCCGAGGAUGCGGUCUCCGCAGUCCGUAAGCUCGUCGAACGCAGCAACCCUCCACUCGACACCACCACUCUGGCGAGCCUGCUGUUUACGACGGAUGACCUGGACAAGACGCAGCUCGGCCUGCUGCUCGCGUCGGACCCAGACCUCCUGCUGGCGUAUAUUGAAAUGUUCGACUUCAACCUUGUCCGAAUCGACGAGGCUCUGCGGCUGUUCCUGCUGGAUGUCCGCCUCCCCGCUGAGAUCCAUGCCGCUGAGGCAGUCCUGCGCGGGUUUGCUGAUGGCUACAUCGCCGUAAACGAGAACAGUGUCACGUUCGACAUGGAACUGGCCGAGGACCUCGUGCUCUCCACUCUUGAGCUCAACGACAUGCUGUACUCGACAUUUGGCUUCGCGUUCCCGAACCACGCCAUCUCCCGGGACAUCUUCGUCACCGCAUUCGAGAGCAAGGAUCCGCUCGGUCUGGUGCCUACAGAGCUGCUGGAGGACAUCUACACAUCCAUCCGUGGUGGCAAGCUCAUCCAAGGACUCGCGUCUCACGAAUCUCAUUUUGCGCGCGAGCUGGUCCAGACUCCUGUUCGACUUCCCAGCAAGCUCACUUAUCACGAAUGGUCAGACAAGUUCCAGCUGUCGAUCCCGAAGCCCGAUCCGCACUUCCAGAUCAAGCUUGUUGGCACUGGUUUAGAGCUCGACCCUCCUGUGCUGGACUUCUCUCGGUCCAAGGACGUCUCGUUUAGGGUCCGCGGCACCAAGCUGGGGUCACAGACAAUGCUCUUUGAGCGCUUCGGAGCCAGCGCUGCUCUCUACCCAACGCUCGGAAACGUGCGGACGUUCCACGUCGAGCGCGCUUUUAUGCGAAACACGUUCUACGUUGCGUUCCCGCACCACCUUGGCGGUAAGCGCAAGUACUGCUUCUCUGUCCCAGACCCGUCCCUGCGCGCCAAAUGGGGAGCGGCCCUCAGCAGACAAAUCUGGCUUUCAUCCACGAAGAAACAGCAGCAGACUUCGGGACCGGUCUCGAAGACUGCCGAGGGUCGCACGAACCGCGCGGCCGAGGCGGUCGCCCUUCAGGUCCUUCGUGACGCACUCCUUCCCAACGAGGACAAAUGUGAGGAGGCCAGCGGGAGCCCGCGGUCAAACGCAGCGUCGUCAACCCUCGCCCGUGUCCUGCGCCAGGGCUCGAUUUCGGCCGCGUAUCCGAAACUGGCGCCCGAUGAGGCCGACCUCCCGCUGUUACCGACGCGGGGCCAUAACGCCGCGAUGCCUGGCUUUGUCGAGCUGCGGACAGGCAAGGAGCUCGUGCUUCUCUGUCGCCAGAACUCGCUUCUUCCGGCCGUCCUCCAGCUUCUCCAAAAGGGCAUGGACACGAGCACGGCUAUGGACACGCAGGCUAACGACAACCCCAAGGCAGCCAAGGCCCAGCCACAGGUGCAGCCGCAGCCGAAAUUGGCAGACCAUCCCACCCCACCCACUCAGAACCCAACCCCCGCUGCCCACCUCCAGGCAGCGCAGCAGCCCAAGCGGUCCGCCGGCCUACGUGCAAUGAUGCACGACCGGCGGCUAUAG